CGGGCUCCCGUGCCCGCCUCGCCCUCCUCUCUGGCUUCACUCGGGAGAAUGCGGAGCCGCUUGAACACGCUGCUCUUCUGGGGCACAUUUUCUUCUGUCACAUUUCAAAAUGCUGUGCUGGACCGUGAGACGACAAAAAUAGACGAAUUACCUUCUCCAAGGUUGUACUCAGAAACUAACGUGGUCAUGAAGGGUCAAAAUGUGUCUCUGUUUUGUUCCAAUGAGAACAAAUCACUGCAGAUCACCUAUUCGUUGUUUCGGGCUGAUAAAUACUUGGGAACCCAGAGUGGAACAGGCGAACCUGUGAUUUUUAAUGUCAACAUCUCAGAAGCCCCUGACUUGGGCCCCUACAAAUGCAAAGCUGAAGUUUUACAAUGUGUGAGAUACAGUCGUGAGUUCAACUUCACCAUUGUUGACCCAGUGACUGCCCCAGAGCUGAGCAUCACGGUCACUCAGACAGAAACAGAACGACACGUAACGCUGCUCUGCAUCUCAGCCAAUGGCUCACUGCCCAUCAGUUACACUUUCUUUGAAAAAGACGUCACCAUAUCACCAGCUAUUUCCAAGAACAGAAGGGAGCCUGCCAGGUUUAACUUCACCAAGAAGAACAGUGGAGAAGAGGAAGAGUAUAGGUGCGAAGCUAGAAACAGUUUGCCCAACCACACAAAGUACAGCCUGCCUGUCACCGUGACCUCGACAGGAGGAGGCGGCUGUCCCUUCUGCCUGCAGCUUCUGCUUCCGGGGCUAUUACUGCUGCUAAUGGUGACAGUCCUGAUUCUGGCUUUGUGGAUACUACCAAAAUACAAAGCAAGAAAAGCUAUGAGAGAUAAUGUGCAGAGGACUGCAGAGGACUGCAGAGAAGUUGGAAUAUACGCAAAUGUCAGUAACCACCAAGCAGAUGGGGCAUCUGUGCCAGGCAUGGAACCAAGGCAGUGCGUUUGCACAGCGCCAGACGGGGCCGGAGACUCCCAGGAGAUACAUUAUGCCACCCCCAUGUUCCUGGAGGUGGCACCAACAGAGCAAGAAGCCUAUAACGAUUGUAAACCUGGAUAUGUCUAUUCUGAACUUGUCUUCUGAAAUGUGAAGAAAUAAACUACAUCUCAGGUGCUGGAGGCCAGAAGUCCAAAGUCGAGGCGUCACAGGGCGGUGUCCCCUCUGAAGACUCUAGCGGAGACUCUGGCAGCUUCUGGUGGCUCCAGCGUCCCGUGGCCUGUGUGGCCCCUUCUCUGCGACCUGCGCCUGCCUUCACGUGGCCUUCCCUCUUCUCCUGCUGUCUGUCUCUCGCAAGGAUGCUCCUCACUGGAUUUAGGGGCCAACUGGAUAAUCCGGGAUGUUCUCAUCUCAAGAUCCCUCGUGUAAUUACAUCUGCAAAGACCCUUUUCCGAAAUAAGAUCACGUUCACCGGUUCUAA